AUGGAUUCAGCAAAUGUCGGAUACUCUUACCACUUGCCAUCAGGCGGGUGGAAUUACAAGAUUCGCAAUACACUGUCGCAGUUCAGUGAUUUGUUUAGCGAAUUCAAUAAAUACAUCGCGCCUGCAUAUCACCAUGACCGCUGUGAAAGGUCCGUUCAAAUGAGGAUAUAUUCAAUGCACAAAGGGGAAUUUGUGAUGGUUUUUAUAGCAUUUUUUGCUUGUUUCGGUUUGGGUGUAUUCAUAGGACUGGCAGGGCCGUCCCCGACCAUGACGACGUCGGUCGCGGCGUCGUCGCUGCUGACCAACGCCAGCGACAUCUACCGCGGCCCGUUCCUGCUGCGCAGCCCAGCGCUGGGCACCCGCGUACAACAGCUGUGGCUGCUCGCCGAGAUACUCACCAAUAAUGAUGACGAGGAAAUAUUUGAUAAGAGCUUCCAAAUCAGUAUAUCAAUAGAUGGAGUGCUAAGCGAUCAUACAACCAUCAAUCUUAUUCCAGAGAGUGAAGCUACAAAUAGGACCCAACACCUCAAAUGCAAGAAGCAAGUGUGCGAGGAAGUGAUGGCUCUCCACAUCGGCUCGUUGGAGUAUACGCACUAUGUACUCAGCAUCCGCCUGCACGGCCUCAAGGAAUUCCACAAGCGAUACUUCAUCAGGGAGAUCGUAUUCUACUUCAAAACCUACAACCCAGCAUUUACGCAAAUGGAGACGUGGUUCAGAUUUAUUUUUCUACUGACAACAUUUACUAUAGCUUGUUGGUUUGCGCAUACGCUUAGAAAAUAUUCGACCCACGAUUGGGCGAUCGAGCAGAAGUGGUUGUCCAUACUAUUGCCGCUGCUGUUACUCUACAAUGAUCCGAUAUUCCCCCUACGGCUAGUGUCGGGAAGUUGUUUCGCCCCACUAAUGGACACAGUAUUCCAGACGGCUUUCCUAGCUUGCGUCAUGCUGUCGUGGCUUGCGCAGUACCACGGCUUGAGACAGAACGAAAGGAGUUUCCUAUCAUUUUACCUAUUCAAGGUAAUAAUCGUGGCGUUGGUAUGGACGCCGGCGAUGGUGGUCACGGUCUGGCAGAAGUAUUACGCCUUCUAUGACCCCACGUUCAAUUAUAUGAUGAAUCCAAAUUACCCUGUUGUGAAAAUAAUGUUCUUCAGUGCUGUCACGUUAUACUUCCUAUACUUACUCGUCCUGAUCGUAAAGGCGUAUAGUGACCUGAGAAAUAUGCCUUUCUUUGAUAUAAGACUCCGCUGCCUCUCAAUAGUGGUGGGCACAGUCACACUGCUAACAGCAAUUCUGGCUGCCCAGGGCUGGGGCCCAGCAGCUUUGCAGGACCACUGGGCGUCCCAGCCGCGCGUCCACUACGAUACUUCCGCGCCCUUCAUGGCGCUCUACGGACUCUUCAACUUCAAGAUGUAUAUACUCGCCUAUCUGUUCUCGCCUGGGGGAGGCUCUAUACAUGAAACGGCCAUAACCAAAGACAACCCUGCGUUCUCUAUGAUCAACGACUCGGAUGAAGAAGUUAUUUAUGGAUCUGACGAGGAGAGCCGCCGACCGCUAAAUUCACACCACAGAAUCAGUAAUGAGGAAAUAUAAUUCCAUACAACAUAUAUUUUGCUGAAAUGUAUGUUUUCCUAUUAAAUUAUUAAAAUUAA